UGAUCUUAUCAGAUCUGAUGAUUAUGCAAAUCUUCCAAAAUUCCUUCUCACCCCACUCACACUUCAUAUCAACGUCGGGAGUGUCUCAAACUCAUUGCAAAAUCAACUAACCCGUCAAAAUGGCAACUUACACGCUCGAAAAGGCAACCGCCCUUGACGCUUAUGUUUGCGACCAUCUCCUCCCAACAGACCCAGCUCUCGAAGCCGCUCUCAAGAACAAUGCUUCCUCCAACCUAGACGCCAUUGACGUCGCAGCCAACCAAGGAAAACAGCUCUACCUCCUCGCCAAAAUGAUCAAAGCCAAACGCGUCCUUGAAGUCGGCACACUAGGUGGCUACAGUGCUAUCUGGUUUUCCAAAGCCGUCGGCCCCGAAGGGAAAGUCAUCACUCUCGAAGUUGAGCCAGAGCACGCGAAGGUAGCUCGAGAGAACAUCUCGAAUGCGGGGCUCAAAAAGGUGGUAGAGGUCAAGGUCAACCCUGCUCUCGCGACUUUGGCGCAGAUGCAGAAAGAGGGAACGGAGGCUUUUGAUAUGGUGUUCAUUGAUGCCGAUAAGGACAACAACCCGGGGUAUUUCACUGCGGCGUUGGCGAUGAGCCAUGUCGGUACCCUCAUUGUGGUCGACAAUAUUGCACGCAGAGGACGGUUGAUCGAUCCAAAUUCAACGGCUGGAGAUGUUUUGGGGACACGGAAGUUGUUUGAGAUGAUGGGGAAGGAGAAGAGGGUUGAGGCUACGGCGGUUCAGACUGUGGGUAGUAAAGGCUGGGAUGGCUAUGCGAUGGCACUGGUGGUUGAGUAAAGCACCGGGGACUUUUUUUAUGAACAGAGCCAAGCUUUCCACUCCUAAUGACUGACCACUUCUCGGUAAGUCUCCAGUCCUUCAUCCUCGAUUUCAAAACUCACACAUUCAGGGAAGAAUGUGCCUAGCACCUCGAAAACUCUAACCUAAGCAUUGUAAUUAGUAUAUCCAUUUGAAAGCGUAGUGCUCGCCGUAAUUAGACUUACAGUAGCAUCACUAACAACGACGCCGUUCCUAAUAAUGAUAAGCGCUAGCGUGCCAGUCCGGCCGUUAAAUGGAUGGCUCCAAUGAUUGAUGCCCUACAACCCAGAGUAAGAAACAGCAGGAUAAUUGCCAAUUCGGGCC